CGUCGCGUAGCUGCGUCAUCAGGGCGAGCGGCAGCGGUAGCGGUGGUGUGUGUGUGUGUGGGGUGGGGGGAGGCCGGGUCUCACCGGCACCGGCGGCCGUUCAUUCCCCUCGACGGGUUCCAGUCGGGUUGUGUGGGGCUGAGCCCAGCCGAGAGAGGCGGCGGCGGUACCAAACCGGCGGGAGGGAGCGCGGGGGCCGCUCACCGACCCCCGCCGCCCCUCCGGUGAUCCGGGAGCGGCGGGCGGCCGUCGGGGAUGUCCUACAAGCCCAUCGCUCCCGCCCCCGCUACCCCCGGAGCUGCCAGCGCCAGCCCCGCCCCACCGGGGCCCGGGGCGCCGCCCGCCGCCACGAGUGUCCCAUCGCCCUCCGGCUCCGUCCCCGGCGCCGCCGCUCCUUUCCGGCCGCUCUUCAAUGACUUCGGGCCGCCGUCCAUGGGCUAUGUGCAGGCGAUGAAGCCCCCCGGGGCUCAGGGCUCGCAGAGCACCUACACCGACCUGCUCUCCGUCAUCGAGGAGAUGGGGAAGGAGAUCCGGCCCACCUACGCCGGCAGCAAGAGUGCCAUGGAGCGGCUGAAGCGGGGUAUCAUCCACGCCCGGGCACUGGUCAGGGAGUGCUUGGCCGAGACAGAGCGAAAUGCCCGCACGUAACGGCUGCUGCCACCCGGGACCCCCUAGCGGGGAGCCCCGGUGUCCCCGCCCCGCUGGUGGCCGGGGGGGGGAAGGGGAGAGGCUGCCGUGCUGCCCCCCCUUGCCCCCUCCCCAUGCUCUCCGCUCUCUUUAUAAAUGCGUGUUUUUAUAAAUAAAGGACAUGGUUGGGA